AUGAAGACUCCAUUUGGAAAGGCGGCCACUCAGCGAUCAAGAGCUGAUGCAGCACAUGCAGGUGUCUCAGCAAAUAUGAUGAAGAAAAGGACCUCUCACAAGAAACAUCGCAAUAACAUGGGACCAAGCAAACCGAUUUCUCAGCCAAGGCGAAACAUCGUUGGUUGCAGAAUACAGCAUGGCUGGAAAGAGGGUAGUGGCCCUAUAACGCAGUGGAAAGGAACUGUUCUAGACCAAGUACCAGUCAACCCUUCCCUUUAUCUUAUAAAGUAUGAUGGGUUUGAUUGUGUUUAUGGACUUGAACUUCACAAGGAUGAAAGGGUAUCUGCUCUUGAAGUUCUUCCAGACAGAGUUGCUUCAUCCCGAAUUAGUGAUGCCCAUUUGGCCGACACAAUGAUUGGUAAAGCUGUGGAACACAUGUUUGAAACAGAAGAUGGCUCUAAAGAUGAAUGGCGAGGGAUGGUAUUAGCAAGAGCACCAAUCAUGAAUACAUGGUUUUAUAUAACCUAUGAAAAGGACCCUGUCUUGUACAUGUAUCAGCUUUUAGAUGAUUAUAAAGAAGGAGAUCUUCGUAUCAUGCCGGACUCUAAUGAUUCUCCUCCAGCUGAGAGGGAGCCUGGUGAGGUUGUGGACAGCCUGGUAGGGAAACAGGUUGAAUACGCCAAAGAAGAUGGAUCAAAAAGGACUGGCAUGGUAAUUCAUCAAGUUGAAGCCAAACCCUCAGUUUACUUCAUUAAGUUUGAUGACGAUUUCCAUAUUUAUGUCUAUGACUUGGUGAAGACCUCCUAA